UCGGAGCCUCAGUGCGGGUCCUGAGCUCCUCUCUCUCCCUGUAUUUGCAUAUACAUAACUGUCUAAUGCUCACCGCGAGGCGGAAUGUCUGGAUUUAAGGUGGAGCGGGAGGGUGUGGGGGUCGCGGCGGCGCUGGGAGUGAACCCUGAGGGGGAGCAGAGGCAGCGGGAGAGAGAAAAUGGACCACUAGAGGACUAUAAAGAAAGAAAAGACCAGCGCGUUCAGGGUGAUUUCAGUGCAGAGGAUUCUAACCAAAACAUUCAACAUGAAAAAGCCUUCCGGAGUGCCUGUCACCAGAAUGAUCAGCAAGAUGCAGUUCAUACUGGAGAAAACCCUUUCAUCUGCUCUUUGUGUGCGAAGAGCUUUACUCAAGCAAAAUCGCUACAGCGUCACCUGGAGGCCCAUGCAGGAAACAGACCUUACCAGUGCUCUCUGUGUGACUGGAGUUUCAGACGUUUAUCAAACUUACAAGAACACAAAAAAGUUCAUACCGGGGAAAAGCCCUUUACCUGUGAUUACUGUGGAAAGGGAAGUUCAAACUUAAGUGACCUUAAAAAACACGUGAGGAUUCAUACCGGAGAAAAGCCGUUUACCUGCACUCAGUGCGGCAAAUGUUUUCCCACUUCUGCCUCGUUAGCGAGGCACAUGUACACACAUAAAGAAACACAACCUCACCUGUGCUCUCAUUGUGGGAAGGGUUUCAAACAUCUGACAAACUUAAGAGCACAUGAGAAAAUUCAUAGCGAAGAAUCACCGUUCACCUGCUCUGAGUGCGGAAAGCGCUGUUCAAAGUCGAGCGCCCUUCAAGACCACAUGAGGAUUCACACCAAGGAAAAGCCCUUUAUCUGCACUCAUUGUUGGAAACGUUUCAGCUUUGCAAGUACGUUAAUGAGGCACAUGUACACUCAUACAGAAAAGCAGCCUCAUCAGUGCUCUCAAUGUGGGAAGAAUUUCAUACGUCUCUCACAGCUGAAAGCGCACCAAAAGACUCACGCUAGAGAAGAAAAACAAUUCCAAGAAGGCAUUGCGGAGCACAUACCAGAAGGGGCCCAACAAGCAGUGAACUACCACCUGAAAAUUCACACUGGAGAAGGACCUUUCACCUGUCCGUUGUGUGGAAAGAGCUUCCCCCGUGCAAAAUCUCUUAAGUGGCACAUGGACGUUCAUGCAGAAAAGAGACCUCACCAGUGCUCAGAGUGUGGAAAGACUUUCAAGCGCUUAUCAAACUUAAGAGAACAUGCAAAAAUUCAUACCGGAGAAAGGCCUUUCCCUUGUUCCCUCUGUGGAAAGACAUUUUUGAAGUUAAGCCACCUUAAAGGUCAUGUGAUGAUUCACACCAAAGAACAGCCUUUCUCCUGCACGUACUGUGGGAAUAGCUUCAGCACUGCUAAAGUGUUUGGAAAGCAUAGAUGCAAAUAUAUGGAAACACGGCGCCACCAGUGCUCCCAGUGUGAGAAGAGUUACGUACGCCGCUCCCAGUUGAAAAUACACCAGAGGAUUCACGCUGAUAAAGAUGCACCACAAGAAGUGGAGCUCAAACUGGAAGAGAUCCACUGUUCAGAAGAUCAGGAUGGCUCCCACCAGAAAGAUCAGCAGAAGGGAAUUCCUACUGAAGAAAGUCAUUUAAUCUGCAUAUUGUGCAGAGAGAGCUUCACUGACGCAGAGUCUCUACAGCGCCACAUGGAGGCACAUGCAGAAGAGAGACCUCACGUGUGCUCUCAGUGCGACUGGAGAUUCAAAGACCUAUCGUUCUUGCGAGAACACGAAAAAGUUCAUACUGGAGAAAAGCCGUUCAUCUGCUAUUACUGUGGGAAGGGUUACUCAAGUUCGGGCGACCUUAAAAAACACACAAGGAUCCAUACCAGAGAAAAGCCGUUUACCUGCGUCCAGUGCGGCAAGAGUUUCACGUUCGCGAGCUCGUUAUCGAGGCACAUGUACACUCAUACAGAAACGCGACCUCAUCCGUGCUCUCAGUGCGGGAAGGGUUUUGUAAGAAUAGCGAACUUAAGAGCGCACGUGAAAAUUCAUAGCGGGGAAUCGCCGUUCACGUGCUCCGAGUGCGGAAAACCUUGUUUGAAGUCGAGCGCCCUUCAAGAACACAUGAGGAUUCACACCAAGGAAAGACCCUACAUGUGCACUCAGUGUUGGAAGCCUUUCACCACUGCGAGCACCUUAAAACGACACAUUUACACUCAUAGAGAGAAGCAACCUCAUCAGUGCUCUCUAUGCGACAUGAGUUUCAUACGUCCUUCGCAGCUGAAAACACACCAACGGACUCACGCUGGAGCAGAAAAUGUAUCCCAGGAAGACUCUGAAGUGGAACCCAUACCAGAAAAGAACCCUUUAAAAGAAGAAUACAUUGCAGAUAAAUAUCACCAAGGCAUUAAUCCGUAUGAACGAUUCGACCACAGUGAUGCUUCCCAACAAACAGUAAAAGAUCACCUGAAAAUUCAUACUGGAGAAAGUCCUGUCUCCUGUUUUAAGGCCAAGCCGGAGGAGGAUCUUGUACAGGAAGAAUGUCACGUCACAAAUUCACAACACAUCAGUCAGCAUGGAAAAAAAUGCAGUUAUCCCUUCCAACAAACACCUAAAGAUCACGUGGAAAUUCAUACUGGCGACAAUUCUCCAUUACAGUUUGGGCUCAACCACAUUCAGGAACAAUGUGGUGCAGAGAAAUCGAACCUAAGUGUUCAUCAUAAAAGAUUCUGCAGGGAUGCCUCUCAGCAAAUAAUGAAUGAUCACCUGAAAAUACAUACCGGAGAAAAUCCCUUCACCAGUUUUGAGCCCACACUGGAGGAUAACCACUAUCAGGAACAACACAAUGCAGAGAACAUUUUCCAGAGCAUUCAGCAUGGAAAGGACUGCAGUGAUGCUUUCCAAGAAACAGCGACAGAUCACCUGAAAAUUCAUACUGGAGAAAGUCCUGUCUCCUAUUUUCAGCCCAAACUGGAGGAUCACCACUUUCAGGAAGAACACAAUGGAGAUGAAUUUUACCAGAGCAUUCAGCCUGAACCACAUUCCACUCAACAAACAGUGGGAAACCACCUGAUUCAUUCACCAAUUCAUACUGGAGACAGCUCUGUUUCCUGUUUAGACCCAAAAACAGAAGUAAACCUUUUUCAGGAAGCGUGUAGUGUAGACAAAUCUCAACAAAACAUUCAGCAUGAAAGAAUGUGCAGUGAUGCCACUAAGCAAACAGUGGAAGAUCACCUGUCAAUACAUACUGGACACAAUCCUAUUUCCUGUUUAGAGCAAACAAUGGAAGAGAAUCACCUUCAAGAAAAGUGUAGUGCAGACAAAUUUUGCAAGAGCAUUCAGCAUGAAGAAAUCCAUAGUGAUGCCCCCCAACAAACAAUGGAAGAUCACCUGAAAAUUCAUGCUGGAGAAAAUUCUGUUUUCGGUUUAGAGCCAAAAAAUGAAGAGAACCUCUUUCAAGAAAAGUGUAGUGUAGGCAGAUCUCAACAUAACAUUCUGUAUGAAAGAAUGUGCAGUGAUGCCACUAAGGAAACAGUGGAAGAUCACCUGAAAAUUCAUACUGGAGACAAUCCUAUGGCCUGUUUAGAGCUAAAAAUGGAAGAGAACCACAUUCAAGAAAAGUGUAGUGCAGAGAAAUUUCGCCAGAGCAUUGAGCAUGAUGAAAUUAAUAGUGAUGCCCCCCAACAAACAAUGGAAGAUGACCUGAAAAUUCAUGCUGGAGACAAUUUGGUUUUCUGUUUAGAGCCGAAAAAAGAAGAGAACCUCUUUCAAGAAAACUGUGGUGUAGACAAAUCCCAACAAAACAUUCAACAUGAAAGAAUGUGCAGUGAAACCAUCCAACAAACUGUGGAAGAUCACCUGAAAAUUCAUACUGGAGACAAUCAUUUAACCUGUAAAGAGCCAAAAAAGGAAGAAAACCACUUUGAGCGAGACGUUACUGCAGAGAAAUCUCAACAAAUCUUUCAGCAUGAAGAAACCUGCAGUGAUUCCACUGAACAAACCGUGAAAGAUCACCUGAAAAUUCAUACCAGAGACAAUCCUGUGGCCUGUUUAGAGCCAAAAGUGGAAGAAACCCUCUUUCAGGAAGAGUGUAGUGUAGAAAACUGUCAACAAAACAUUCAGCGUGAAAGUCUCUGCAGUAGUAACACCCAACAAACCGUGGAAGAUCACCUGAAAAUUCAUACUGGAGACAACGAUCCCUUCACGUGUUCGACGUGCGGCAAGAACUUCUCUUCUGCAAGAUCUCUACAGUGGCACAUGGAUGUUCACGCAGGAAAGAGACCUCACCAGUGCUCCCAGUGUGGAAAGAGUUUCAAGCGCUUAUCAAACUUAAGAGAACAUGGGAAAAUUCAUACCGGAGAAAGGCCUUUCCCUUGUUCUCAGUGUGGAAAGACCUUUUUAAAAUUGAGCAACCUUAAAGAUCAUGUGCUGAUUCAUACCAGAGAGAGGCCUUUUGGCUGCACGUACUGUGGGAAUAGCUUUAGCACUGCUAGCGUAUUUGGAAAGCAUAGAUGCAAAUAUAUGGAAAAGCGGCGUCACCAGUGCUCCCAGUGCGAGAAGAGUUACGUACGACGCUCACAAUUAAAAAUGCACCAAGGGAUUCACCAUCGGACACCAACGGACACUGAAAAAGACGUAAAAUUAGAAGACAUCCAAGUGGAACCCAAACUAGAAGAUGAGCAGUUUUCAGAAGAUUGUAGUACAGACAAAUCUCAGCAAAACGUUAACCUUCAGGGUGCCUCCCAACAGAAAGACCUCCGAGACAAAAUUCAUACCGGAGCGAAACCUUUCAGCUGCUCCUUGUGUAGGAAGAGCUUCAGCAGUGCAAAGUUUCUACAGUGGCACGUGGACGCACAUGCUGGGAAGAGACCUCACCAGUGCGACCAGUGCGACCAGAGUUUCAGACGUCUAUCGAACUUGCGAGAACAUGAAAAAGUUCAUAGCGGGGAAAAGCCCUUCACCUGCGCUCAUUGUGGAAAGGGUUGUUCAAGUUCCAGUGACCUUAGAAAACACACGAGGGUUCACACCGGAGAAAAACCUUUUUCCUGCACCCAGUGCGGGAAGAGCUUCACUUUUGCGUCCUCGUUAAUGAGGCACAUUUUGAUACAUACAGAAACCCAACCUCAUCCGUGCUCCCGUUGUGGAAAGAGUUUCAAACAUCUGACGAACUUAAGAGCCCAUGAAAAAAUUCAUAGUGGAGAAUCGCCGUUCACGUGCACCGAGUGCGGAAAACCUUGCUUGAAGUCGAGCGCCCUUCAAGACCACAUGAGGAUUCACACCAAAGAGAAGCCGUUUAUCUGCACUAGAUGUUGGAAGCCUUUCACCACUGCGAGCACGUUAAAGCGACACAUUUACACUCAUAGAGAGAAGCAACCUCAACAGUGCUCUCAGUGUGGGAAGAGUUUCAUACGUCCCUCGCAGCUGAAAGCGCACCAACGGACUCACGCUGGAGAAAAGACGUUAAAAUCUCGAGAGGACGUUAAGGUGGAGCCCAAGCCGGAAGAGUGCAGUGCAGAGAAACCUGCUCAUACAAAAACUCUUAAUGUCGGAGAAAAUCCCUUCACCUGCCCGUUGUGUAGGAAGGGGUUCUCCUCUGCAAAAUCUCUAGAGUGCCACAUUGACGUCCAUGAAGGAAAGAGACCCUACAAGUGCCCUCAGUGCGACUGGAGUUUCAAGUGUUCAGCCAACUUACGAGAACACAGAAAAGUACAUACUGGAGAAAGACGUCACACCUGCUCUCAUUGCGGAAAGAGCUUUUCCAAAUCUAGCAACCUUCAGCGGCACCAAAUGCUUCAUAAAGUGCCGUGUGAAAAGACCACGUGAUGAUUUGUGCAAGCUUCUUUUUUAUCCUCAAGCAGUGUAGGAAGCGUUUUAUCAUGGCAGGUACGUUCAAAAGGUGCUUUGUUUUGGGUUGAUUUGAAAAAAGUCUGGUUCGUUUGCGCUGUUGGUGCGAUGCGGUUCGUUUUGGCAGGUGUGGAAACAGGAAUGGCGCUCCAGAACAGUCCUAGGGACCCAAUCCCAUUUCUCUUUUGUACCCCUACCUUUUGUUUUCAAGUGAAACCCUCCCCCUAAAAAUUGGGACAACCCUCCAAGAACCUGUAGGCGACCCUCCCGGGCUACUGUGAUACUAGUGGAGCAUUAAAGUUCAGCAACCUAGCUGCUGCUUAACUAGUUAACUUUAGGGCAUUGUAUGACUUCAGAAAGGGGGCAGGUCUAUUCCUUAAAGGUCUCCUUCUGCUAAAAUCCACGUUUUCUUGUUCUUUAUGAAAUACAACAGGUCUCUCACAGUUGUAUAUGAUGCUGCACAUGAAACUCUUCUUCAACCCCAAUUGUCUGCAGUAGCUAGUAAAAGAAAAGCCUCAGAAAAAUGGGUCAAUCAGGAAAAAGUACCGUGUCGCCGUCAACCUGUGAGUUUCAUGGCCUUGCCCUCCUCGGCUCGGGACUGCCUGCAGACAGAGCUGAAGCUGGACUGCAGCAGAGCCGACACUGUCUCGUCAGCUAAAGAGCUUAAACAGCUCUGUUUACAUCAGCUAGUUAACAUUAGCUUUCUUGUAGUAGUAACUGUAGGUUUAAAUUGGAUCUCCGGUUGAUUCUGCGCUUUACCGAGACACUCUAGGGAAGCUAAGGAAAGGGUUGGUGGAUGUAUUAGAACGAUCCACUUGGCUGCGAGUAGUUUGACGUUAAGCGAAGUUUAUGGGUUAACUUUAUCUAGCACUCUAGUGCUGUAUCUUUAUAACUAAGGCUAAAGUAUCUCUGAAAACGUUUUGUCCUUUAAGCUUUAAGUUCACAAAAAACGUCUCACACGGCAUUCAUUCAUAUUAGAGACCACAACUAGACAUUUUAAAAUUAAUAAAAAACAAUGAAAUGAGAACUUUAAGAUGAAAAUAGCUAUUAUCAGGACCACUCUAGGAGAGGUUUGUUUUUUAAAAAAUUGACUGCUACUGUAUCUUAACGGUUUAUAUCUGGACCUUACUACUACUGUAGCCCACGGAUUGAAAACCACUAGUUUAACACAUGAAACACCGUUACAGCAUAGCUUACUUGGUAAGUGGUCAUAAUGUUUUGUUUCAUUUUGUUUUCAUUCCAUUCUCUAGAAGUAUGGGCAGAAGCCAUGAGUGGAGUUUGAGCUGGAGGUCAGUAAACUGAGGCUGAGGAUGAAAGUAGUGGAUGAAUGAAUGCAGAAAUGUCUCCCACCAGAAAGAUCACCUUGAGAAGAUUCAUACCGAAGAUUUACCUUUCACAUGUUGUCACUCUCUAAAAAGAUAAUGUGGAAAGUCUUCUUACAGAACUAUUCACAACAGCCUCCUCGUUUCCCAACUCUGUCCCUGCUGAAGAAAAACAGCUUCCCCACAGCAUGAUGCUGCCACCACCAUGUUUUACAGUGGUGUAUGGAUGGCGUGUUCAGGGUGAUGAGCAGUGUUACUGAUGUCUUUCCUUCAACAAUGGUUUUUCUCUUUGCCACUGUUCCAUAAAGACCAGGUUUGUGAAUGACGUUUUUUGUUUUUUUUUUGCAUUUAACUGUAAAGCUUUGGUCACACUGAAUACCAAAUAUGAAAUUCACCUAUUGUUGUUUAUGCAGUCAACAAACUGGUUCGGCACUCAGAAAAUGUGAUCUGUUCACUUAAAUAUACAACACCACUCCCAACAUCAGGGCUGAUCAGUUGCCUAAUUUUGCUUCAAUCUCUCAACAAUACAAGCCACAUUGCGCAAAUUAGAUUUUUUGCUCAGAUCGCAUUUGGCAGUUGGAUCUUGACGGCUCACAGUCGCAAAUGUAAGUGAUCUGUAUCUGUGUUUAAUGUGAACGAAUCUGUCCUUGAAAUGCUGCCUCACAUGUGCACAUUGAUACCUGUACAAGCGUCGGCUUCUUCACCACCAACAACAAAAAACGUCAUAUUUGAGAGACGGGAAAAGGGAAAUGGAUGCGUUUGUUAGCAGCUCAUAUGUGGAGCAUCUUUUGCUAAAAUGGAAACAGGAAACAGCUGGUCUGAAGUUCAUGCUCAGGUUGAGGAGGUGAAAAAAAGGCCAGGCGGUUUGCUUUUGCUGUUUGUUUUUUUUUUGCAGCUAUAGCUGCACAGCUGCACUGAGAGAUAACAGUGUGGGUACAAGAGAGAAGCACAUAGCGCUAAAGCUAAUAAAAAAAGCUUGCGUAAAAAGAUGCAUGAAUUCUGAUUUGACCGUUUACAUUCAUGUCGCAUGUCCAUGGUUUGGAUACGUAUCCGAUUAAGGACCACACAUAUGGAAGUGUCUCGGAUAUGAUUUGAAAAAAUCUGAUUUGGCAUGUUUACACAAUCAUGAAAAAAUCAGAUCUGAGCCACAUUGAGCAAAAAAUCUGAUUUGAGAACGUAUCCUUACAGUUUUAAGUCUUUAUAGACAAGUCAGUUCACUCUGCUGCCAUCUUUUCAACGCAGCCAAGCAGUUAUAAUCACUCAUACAAGACCAUCCUUCCAUCAGUUUGAUUGGAGAGAGACCAAAAUACGCUAAACUGAAGGUCAAAUUACCAUUUGAACAACAUAUUUUAAAUCACUGAUAAAAUCUGUUUGUAGGGUUUUUAUCCAAUCUCGCAAAAAAAAGUGAUUUUUUUUUAUCUUGUUCUGGCUACUGCACAUGCGCAGAUCUCCACAUCGAUCCUCUUUAUUCACAGCGUAAGCAACAGGCUGAUUGGCUCUUUUUUUUUUGUUGAAGGGCGGGACUUUAUCCAAAAACCAUCUCUGUUACAGCCCAGCAUGACCACAGUUUAUUUUAAACACUUUUAAACAUUUAAACACAAGUAAAGUGACCAUUUGUAAGGUCCAAUAUUAAUUUUUUAAAGUUAUUUGCUGUAUAUGGAACCCCUGCAACACCUUAAUUUGAUGUUGAUCAUUAAAUAAUACAUUACAAAACGUGAUUGACUACGGGGGAAUGUGGGUUAAGACAUUGAGAUGAAAGAAUAAAAUCAUUUUUAAUAGUACUCUUAGGCUUGUCUUGCUGCUUUAAUCUUUUUGUUUUUCUUAUGAUUUUUUUUCUAUAAUCUUUCUAUAAACCAUUGUCUUUUCAAGCAAUAUUUAAAAGACAAUAAACGAUUCUACCAAUGAA